AUGGCCACACAAAGAAGUGAGACGUCACUCAAAUCUUAAACCCGCCGUCAAAAAUGCUAUCCAGACGAAGCAGCCACCACUAUUCGAGCUCCGCCGUCGAUCGGGCAGAUCCAGACUUCUUUAAUCGGAGAUGCCGUCGUUCGUGAAGUCUUAUCUCUUUACCUACAAUUUUCUCCAGGCUUCUGCAUGGACGAUUUCGCUUCUGAGUAUCUUGAGCAGCUUUUUAUCAAACAAGACAAUCAAUGGCGCUUACGCUUCUGCUGGGUACUUGAUCAGUGUGAUGCAAACUGUUGCUGUUCUUGAAGUUCUUCAUGGAGCUAUAGGGAUUGUCCCUAGUGGAUUCUUGUCUCCAUUGAUGCAAUGGAGUGGAAGAACUCACUUCAUAUUGGCAGUUGUUGGACAGAUCAGCGAGGUCCAGGAUUCCCCAUGGCUGUCAAUAACACUUGUAGCUUGGUGUUUCGGUGAGAUGAUCAGAUAUCCUCAUUAUGCUUUUACUUGCCUCGGUAGAUGCCCCUACUGGCUAACCUAUCUCAGGUACACAGGAUUUAUCAUGAUCUAUCCAACGGGACUAGUGGGUGAAUUGUUGAUCAUGUACAAAUCCCUUCCACAUGUUAAAGAAAGAGAUCUUUACGCAAAAUUCUUCUCUGUUUUCCCUUUUAGCUACUACGAUUUCCUUUGGGCUGUCGUCUUGGUAUACCCAUUCCUUUGGUUGAAGCUUUAUCUCCAGCUAUUCAAACAAAGAAAGUCUAAGCUUGGAAAAUCGGAGAUGCAUCAUGGCAAGAGAAAGAGAAUGUGAAGUCCAUUCCAGUUGUCUCACAUAUGUAAUAUCAUCUUUGAUUAUGUGCAUGCAAUUAGCCUUAAAAAAAAAAGACACAAACCGUUAAACAAAACCAUAUCGUAGCAUCAUUUUGAACUCUUACUUCAAACCAGGAGAAACAGAUGCCUUAAUAAAUAGAACUUUCAUUAACUAUCA